AAAGAAAGGUGUUGUCUUCCAUGACGCAAAUAUAUUUUCUUCGAUAUAGCAAUCGCUGAUUUCACUCGCAAAUAUAACAUUUAAACUACUAACAUGGGGAAACUAUCUCGUCAUGCUCAAGACCGCGUUCUUUCGCUGAGUUCGCAUUACGCUAAUAUAAGCGAUAUUGUCUCAAAACUAAACGAGGAAGGCAUCGAUACCACACGUCAAACGGUCUCUAGGUUUCUUCGAGUUUCGAGUAAAGCGACAAAAACGCGCUUGAACACAGCGGCGACGGACGAGCCAAGACCAAAGACGAAGCUUAAAAAAGAACACUUGGAUUAUAUCAACACCGAAAUAGAAAAAGAUCAAAAGCUUAGUGUUCAAGAUCUUCAAGAAAUGCUACAGGAGCAGUUUAAUCUGGAGGUAUCAACUGUAGCUAUCAAGAAAGCAAGGAAGAAACUUGGUUGGGUGAGAACUGGGCCAAGGAACAUCAAGGUACAAGUAGGACCAUGCCAGGACCAUGCUGCAAUUAUAGCCUGCCUCACUCUUAUCACCGAGCAACAACAGGUCCUUAGUCAAAAGUUGGAUCGAAUUGAAAACAGGUUUGUGCUUCUCCAACAAUUCCCCAAUACGUAUCCACUGUUUCCAACCAGCUCAAACAUGACCCAUCCAGUUAACAUAACAAGUUCAUCAACAAUUGCAAGCCAUUUGAAUCAGUCUUGCGCCGUCAACACCACAUCAACAAUGGGUGUACAACAUCAUACACCUUGUGCAAGUAACAUGGCACAGCUGAUGCCGGCUCUACCAUCAACAAGUGACUCCUCGAAUUUGCUAAACACAAGUGGCAAUGACGAGGCCUCUGUUGCUCCAGACAGCUUUAGCAUACUGGCAAACAUCUACAACAUGAACACAGAUGAUUUGUAUGUCUUGUCAAGGAAGUCCUCCUCGAUUGGAAAUUUUUCUGUGAAGCUUGUCAAUAUCAUGUUUCGUCCUGAUGAGCUCAUGGGACGAAACUGCAAUGGAAAACUAGGCAAACUGCCACUUGAUCCAUCAAGAUUGUCUAUUGUCAAAGAAGCUGUUUAUUAUAUUUAUUCUGUGCCAGAUGUCUCAAAACCCGACAUAUGGAAGAAAUGUGUCAUAGCCAUUGACGAAUGUAUACGACGACCAAAAUACAAGGGGAAAAAGCGCCAAGUUUUUGUGCAAUUACCAAGCAUGACCGAUUUACAUCUUAUUACAGAACAGAUGGGGAAACUGGAUGGCAAUCAAAUUGCUAAUUAAAGCCAAUGGUAUUUAUGCUCAGUAUCAUAGAGUUUCUAUGUAGUAAAAGCCUAUGUAUCUAAGGAAUGUACAUAGCAGUAAAAUGAUUUAGGAGACAUGCUCAAUAUGAUGCAAACUUUGAUUUACUUUAUGAGGUACAAAAACAUCAUUACCAUUUUCGCCCAUGUUUGCAAAAAGAUCCUCCUGGUCUGCAGAUAGCCGAUGAACAUAUUUCAAAAUUUUUUCAACAUCCUAGUAAUACAAAUGUAUGUAUUCAUGUAAGAAAGUACCAUAUUAUUCAAGCAAUACUAUUCUGUAAUGAAUGAAAAACACUAA